AGACAUGUCGGAAAGUGGGAGUCAGGAAGCCGCCGGGGCCGCGAACGGCAGCUCAGCGAGGCACGGACCGAGGCCGGCCGUGGGCAACAGGGUGGCAGUGGUGCUGGGGGCGCAGUGGGGCGACGAGGGAAAGGGCAAAGUUGUGGACCUGCUGGCACAAGACGCGGAUAUCGUGUGCAGAUGUCAGGGGCGUAACAAUGCGGCCACAGUGGUGGUUGAUUCGGUGGAGUAUGACUUUCACCCUCCCAGCGGCAUCAUCAAUCCCAAGGUCACCGCCUUCAUCGGCAAUGGCGUAGUAAUCCAUCUUCCUGGCCUGUUUGAAGAGGCAGAGAAGAAUGAACGCAAAGGAAAAGGUCUGAAGGACUGGGACAAAAGGUUGAUCAUCUCAGACAGAGCGCAUAUCGUGUUUGACUUCCACCAAGCGGUUGAUGGCGUUCAGGAGCAGCAGAGACAAGAGCAAGCAGGCAAGAACCUGGGAACAACAAAGAAGGGGAUUGGUCCAGUGUACUCGGCCAAGGCGGCACGAAGCGGCCUCAGGAUAUGUGACCUGCUGUCGGACUUCACUCAGUUCUCUGAAAGGUAUAAGGUGUUGGCCCAGCAGUACAAGGCCAUGUACCCAACUCUGGAGAUUGACAUAGACGGAGAGCUGGUCAAAUUAAAGGACUAUGUGGAGAGGAUCAAGCCCAUGGUGAGAGAUGGGGUGCAUUACAUGUAUGAGGCUCUUCACGGCCCCCCUAAGAACAUCCUGGUAGAAGGGGCCAACGCAGCGCUACUGGACAUAGAUUUUGGGACGUACCCGUUUGUGACGUCGUCUAACUGUACGGUGGGCGGGGUGUGCACAGGCCUUGGCAUGCCGCCUCAGAACGUGGGCGAAGUUUAUGGAGUCGUCAAGGCAUACACCACCAGGGUGGGCAUCGGAGCCUUCCCCUCGGAGCAGAGCAACGAGAUCGGAGAGCUGCUUCAGACCCGGGGGAAGGAGGUGGGAGUGACCACGGGCAGGAAGAGGCGAUGUGGUUGGCUGGACCUGGUGCUCAUCAAAUACGCGCACAUGAUUAAUGGCUUCACUGCCCUGGCUCUCACCAAGCUCGACAUCCUCGAUGUUUUCCCAGAGAUCAAAGUGGGCGUAGCCUACAAAGUCAAUAACCAAACUAUACCUCACUUUCCAGCCAAUCAGGAGGUGCUGCAGCGUGUGGAAGUCCAGUAUGAGACGCUGCCCGGCUGGAACAGCGACACCUCAGCAGCCAGAAGCUUUGAGGAGCUGCCUGAGAAUGCCCAGAAAUAUGUCCGCUACGUCGAGGAGCAAGUGGGGGUGCCAGUCAAAUGGAUCGGCGUGGGCAAGUCAAGGGAAUCCAUGAUCCAGUUGUUUUAGAUCGGGGGGGCAGAGGACACACAGCAGCAAGCCGACUGUACCCCACACACACACAGCCUCCCUGCCUGUCUCUGCUCUCCGAGAGAGGGGGAAGAGGGCAGGGCACGACCGCUGGUUUUUAUUUCCAAUGCUUUACCACUGUAUCAGACUGCCCCACCUUACAAGCCGGACCUCACUGGAUCAGACUGCAUCAGACUGACUAACUUGUACGAAUGGUUCCUGACGUUUCACACACGGAUUUUUAACAGGUUCAAACCUCACUGUAACAUGUUCUAGCAGACGCCCUCGUCCUGUUGCCUUCCUCUGUUAUUUGCCCCGGUUUAUAUUAUAGCCACUCAGAGCAGAUGCAUGAACAAACACACACUUGCCGACACUAACCGGCGUGAUGUCUGAGAAAGGACUCAGUGGAACGGACUCUGCGUGCGCUCACACACAAACACACACAUACACACACACUAUAUCAUUACCCCAAAGGAGCAGUCCAUGGAAUCGUGAGGUCACAUGUCUCUUAAGUGUAUUUCUGUUAACGUCAGCUGUGUUCUGUGCGCGCCUAGCCAGUCUGUUAGGAAAUCAGUUUGAAGUUUUGAUCUUGGCACUUUAGAUGCUUUGGACAUUUUCUGCUUUUCCUCUGUUCUUUGACUCCUGGCUAAGAAAUUUUGACGAAAAUUCAAAUGCCGAUUCUGAGUUUAUGUUUGCACAUGCAAGUUUCUCAUGUACCGCUACGUUACUACCACUACUAGGAUCUGAUUUAAAGGAAUACUGCAACAUUUUGGGAAAAAAAUAGCCUUUCUCUCACUUACCCAGAGUGAGACAAGAUGUUUGAUACCAUUUUCACCUCCAUACGUCCACUGGUUCAGUUUCUCUGGGUAGCAUUUUGUGUGAACUUAGCAUAACUAACUCCAAAGCCGUCUUAUUUACACACUAUAUCAUGUAUUUGCAGUACAUGUCUUGGAAUUAAAAAAGGAGUCAUUUUAGAGAAGUGUGCCAGUCUUCAGAAAUUACAGUUCCACCAUCUAACCUCUCCAAAAAUUAUUCUUUUUUUUCCAAGACAUGUACAUUGUGUAAUGAUACAUUAUGUAAUUAAUUUUUACCACUUUGACAGAGCAGGACUAAUGGCUGCCAUAGACUUCAAGUCAUUAAGCUAAGGUAACAUGAAAUGCCACCCAUAUGAAUGCACUACUGGACGUACAGAGGUGAAAAAGGUAUCAAACAUCUUGUCUCAGUCUGGGAAAGUCAGAAAAAAGGGAUUUUGCCUAAAACAUCAUAAUCCUUUAACUAUCCAUUGUAAUAUUUAGUACCUGCAUAGGAAACCAGCUGUGUGUUGUUGGAGUUUUUAAGGGGAUAUCAACAAUCCAGGAGGCCUCAAUCUUUGUACAUCUGUAUUAUUUUAAAUGAUUCUGAUAGUCCUUAUCUCGAUUUCUUGUCUCUUUCAACACACUGUGACUUACAGAGUAGCACACAAUGCAACACAAACAUAUGUACGUCUCUGUCACAAUGUCGACAAAGAGGGAAGGUAAUGACAGUAAUGACAGUCCUUCAACAGAAAGGAAUAUCUAGUGUAAAUGUGGAUGAUGAAGGCGAUGAAGUGUCUUAUUCUCAGUUGUCCUGUUUAGUGAAAUCUUGGUCACUGCUGUAACACGGGGCUUUGAAAAGAGGCGACUGAUCUCCAAAGCAUAUGGUGGUGGAAGUCAAUGCACCAGUUUCAGGCUUUCUGCAAGGAUUAUUUAUUUGCAGGUGUGCUCUGAAUAUUUUGUCCUUCUCAAACUAAUGCUGCUUGUUAGUAAUUCGUGACCUACAUUGCAGUGGCAGAAAUGCACUGUGCACUGAAGCGGCUUAAACAGCAUUUAAACUGAAUUUGACACCUUGAGUGGGCAGCAUAAAAUUUUUGGAUUUCCUUCCAAAAUGCUACAUAAACACUUUGAAACAGUUUUGAUACCUGCAAUUUUACAUUUGGUAUUUUUAAAAAAAGGUGUUAAUUGAAUCUUCAAAAGCAACUUUUUUUUUUGUAAACAAGAGUCUUAAGAUGACUUACAGCUUUAAUAGUAGCCCUUUUGUGUGCAGUUUAAUUUGGGAGUUAAAUUCUUCAGUUUUUCAAAGUAAAAGAUAUGAAAUAAUAUAUAAUCAGUGUUCUCUGCAGUGGCCAAAACAUGCCUUGCAUAUACAUACAGCCCCAGUCACUGGCAGAAAGAUAGAGAUUUAAAGGGAUUAUUUUCAUCUUGGGAUAGUACGCUGCUGCUGUCAUCUAAAACCCUUAUGACUCUGAGCUGUGAAAUAUACUCAAAACCCAAUUGUAUAGUUAAAAAAAAUGCAAACUGAAAAUUGGGUUGUUUUUCUUAAUUCCUGAAAAGCAGCUUUUCCUUUCUCUUUCCUGACAGCAGGACAGUGUUUCUCUGUCUCAGACUGCUUGGUUAUGGAACAUUUAUCCUCUUGCAUGCUCUGCCAACACUCUUUGAAUUCCUGUUUUUAUGAAAUUGGAAACAUUUAAGUGACUGGAAAAGUUGCGGUCGCCCUUUCUGAUUUUGCUCCUUCCCUCCGAUGCUCAUUUCCUCUCUCCUUUUAUGUUUUACUUCCUCCCCCCUCCUCCUCCUCUCCCUGCCUGCUCAGUGAGUUUUCAGGACAGACUUUGCCUUGGCACCUGGUUAAGACUAAUGAAUGUGUUUUACUGACCUUACGCACACUAUACACACACUCACGAAAAGAAAACCCUCACCGCAGCAGUUUGAGCACGGAUUUGCCUACUGUGUGGAACUCUCGAGUCUCUGUUCCCGUUAAAACACACACAUCAGCUGAUUACGCCCUGGUGAGGGACUUCUACAGCAUUGCUUUACUUUGUGUGAAGAAUGUGUAAUAUAAUCAAUUGACAAAAAUCUUUUAAACAUGUCUCUGAUGUAUGUUUGUAAGCCUUUUACUAGACAACACCAAGCCAUUGUGCGAGUGGAGCUUUUACAUGUGUCAAA